AAGUGUUUCUCAACUUGAGCUCGAUCGUGUAGAACUUUUUCCUUGUAUUGUUGAGCACGAAGUGUGUAAUCAUGGCUCAAAUUUGUGUCCUUGAGACGGCUGUUCAACUGAAAUCGUGUCCUGAAAAGUUAUACAACUUGUUCAAGAGCCAAAACCAGCACAUUCCAAAGAAAACUCAGAGUGAAAAACUGCAUGGCGUUGAGAUUCACAAAGGCGACUGGGAGACUCCUGGCUCUGUCAAGAUUUGGAAGUUCUGCAUAGAGGGAAAGGAGGAGGUAUUCAAGGAAAGGAUUGAACUGGAUGAUCUAAACAGAACUAUAACUUAUGUUGCCGUGGGAGGAAAUGUGUUGGAGUUGUAUAGAACCUACAAGACAAUCGUGAAGGUUGAGAAUGGAAUAUUGAAACUGAGAAUAGAAUAUGAGAAGCUCCAUGAAGACACCCCUCCUCCAAAAAAAUAUCAGCAAUUCGUCAGUAAUAUUGUUAGAGAUAUUGAUGCAAACCUUGUCAAAGGUUAACCUAUGUUGUGGAUCAAGUUUCUCAUAUGAUUGUCUAAAAAUAUAAAGAAAUGCUAACAAUAUGCUAUAUUUUUUUUCCCUACAUACACACGUUUUUAUUGGGUAAAUUUAAUGUAUAUCCCAUAAAAAAAUGCACUAUUUUGUGGGAGUAAUCUAAAUUACCCAAUAAGAAUUUUUGUUGGAAAAAAAAUCAUGCAUGUCAAAUAAUAUAUUGUUACCAUUCCUAUAUAGAUUAUAUAUGAAUAAAUGAAACCUUUAUAAGAUGGUGUGAGUAAUGUAAUAUUCCAAAAUGUUUAUUUAUGAAAAUGUAGGUUCCUACGAGUACAUAUGGUUUUAGUUCUAGAGUUUAAUUGGAGGCCACACUUAUUGCAACUUGAGGAUAUGAUACUUACAUGCUAUGUAUGAUAAGACAUAUUUAAUCUAAGUAUCUAUUCCCCUAUACUUCA